UAAGAGAGGGGACUGGGAUAGAUACUAAUCUGGACUGCGGGACGGAGUCUGCCAUGAUCCCUCCCUCCUUCGGCAUUCACUCCUGCUCCGUCCUCGGUUCAGCUUCGACAAGCUCCACUCCAACGGGGAGUCGAAUUGUCCGUCCCUGCUACCCAGCAAGUACCUCGACCACCACCACCGGACCGGGGACCGUCGAGCAUAGCCGUCGGGCGCGGUUAGCUUUAGACGCAGGCUAGAAUCGAGCUACCGAGGGGAGUUGAUCGUCUAGAUCCAGCAAUCUCCAAUGUUCCAAACAUAAUGAUCAUGCCAUGGAUGGAGAGACUGGCACUUAGACUUUUACCCGGGUCGGCAUCAGAUACUUAGAAUCGUCAGUCCUCGACAACUUGUCUGCAUCUGUCCU